UCCUCACAUGCAGUUCUGAACCAAUCAAAUACUAUUGUUCAUCAACGUCAAUCUUGUAGUAGCAAACAUGAUGAUCAUUAUUACAACUAGUGUGAAGAAAACAAAGCUUUUGUUUGAGAGUUUAUGCAUGAAACUGUCACAUUUACUCUUCACUUGCAGAUGUUUGUUAUCAUCUAUCCCUAAUAAUCUCACCCUUCAACUCUUUCUUUCUCUGCCCUCUUUCUACAUUCAUCUUGCUUACUUCAUAUUGUUCUCUGCUGCGGGCUUUCUUGUUUUAAAAGUCUCAUCUUCUUCAAUCUCAAAACCCGGUGACUUGGAUUUGUUCUUCACUUCCGUGUCAGCUGUCUCUGUUUCAAGCAUGUCAACUGUGGAAAUGGAGGUUUUCUCCGAUUUUCAGCUAGUAGUUUUAACUGUACUAAUGCUUAUUGGUGGUGAAGUUUUCAUCUCCAUAUUUAAACUUCAAUUCUCAAAAUCCAUGAUUUCUAAAAACCAUAUAGUAUAUGGUAGGUCUUCCCUAGAUUCAAACUCCGAAGACAAGAUCGAUGUUAAUCAAAUCGAGUUGGGUCUAGUACGGAUUAAUGAUCACACUGCUUUCAGAAAUAAACUAACAAAUAAGACAGAUGUCUUUGACACACCCGAAGAGGAGGAAUCAAAGUACAUUACUAAAUCAAUCAACUAUUUAAGUCACACCAUUGUAGCUUAUUUCUUCUUAGCUCAUGCACUGUGUUCAAUUCUGAUAGUUUUCUACAUGGACUCCAUCCCAAGUGCAAAACAAAUUCUGGAGAACAAAGGGAUUAAGGUGACUACAUUUUCAGUUUUCACCGCGGUUUCUUCUUUUACAAACUGCGGUUUCAUUCCCACAAAUGAGAACAUGAUGGUUUUCAAGAAAUUCUCAGGUCUUCUCCUCAUCAUAAUACCUCAAUGUCUGGUGGGGAACACUCUGUUCCCCCCUUGCCUACUCAUUUUCAUCUAUGUUCUGAAGUCUUGCACGAAAAGGCCAGAGUUUGGUUACAUUCUGAGUCACCGCAGCCAAUUGGGCUAUUCUCAUUUGAUGUGUAACAAGAAAGCUUGUUAUUUGGCGACAACUGUUCUCGGAUUCACGUUGAUUCAAUUUGUGAUCUUUGUAUCGAUGGAGUGGAAUAAUUCCGGAGCCAUGGAAGGUCUGAGUUCUUAUGAGAAACUAGUAGCAACAUUGUUUCAAGUUACGAAUACACGACACACCGGUGAAUUAGUGUUUGAUCUUUCAACCAUCUCUCCAGCUGUUCUCGUGGUGUUCAUCAUAAUGAUGUAUCUUUCGCCAUACACAUCAUUUUUAUUAGAUGGUGAAAACAAAGGUCCUGAUGGCGAGGACAAGAUUACAUGCACAACAAGGAAGACAACGUGGGUAGAGUAUCUGCGCUUCUCAGAACCAACUUAUCUAACAAUUUUCAUUGUCCUCAUCUGCAUAUCCGAGAGACAUAAUUUAAAGGACGAUCCUCUUAAUUUCAAUGUUCUCAAUAUCAUCAUCGAAGUAAUAAGUGCAUACGGGAAUGUGGGAUACUCCAUGGGAUAUAGUUGCGGAAGACGAAUAAAAUCAGAGGGGGAAUGCAAAGACGCGUACUACGGAUUCGCUGGAAGAUGGUCCAAUACUGGAAAAUGGGUGCUCAUAAUUGUGAUGCUCUUCGGAAAAUUAAAGUGCUUUCACAAGGGAGGUGGAAAAGCUUGGAAACUUUUAUAGCCUACUGUCAUAGCUAGCUAGUGUGUAAAUUGUAAUAUACGACGUCGUUAUGUAACAUAUUUGCAUGCAUCUCUAAAUGUAGGAUCCGUGGAUCUCAGGCUGUGUAAGAUAGGGAUCGUUUUUCUUCUGUCUGUAAUAAUUCUUGUCGUACCAGCUUAUAUAAAUCAUUUAUCUCA